GUUAGGUUAAGUUAGGAUUAGUGUAUAUGUGAUACUUUAUUUCCGUUAUACAAGAACUGAGAAGUGAUUGCUUGCAAUUGAUAAAAAAUUAAAGGGGAAGUCCUUAAUAAUUGAUUAGAUUCUUCAUCAAAUGUAUAUUAAAUGUAGAUAUGAUAGAUAACGUUACGAAAAUAAUAAAACAUGAAGUUAAGUGAUAGAUAUACUCGUCGUAUGCGCAUCGCUUAGAUGUAAUGAAAAUGACGUAUCCCGGAUUAGUAUUACUUGUCGGAGUUGGAGUUGGAAUAGCGACUUUUCUUUAUUAUGUGUUCACUGAAAAUAACCGCACAGAUGGACAAUCAUUCUCGUAUUCGAGAAACAGAUCAUCCGAAGACCAUUAUGAAGACCGUUCUUGGACAACAUCGUCGCAUCCAACUGAAAAUGUACUAUUAAAUAGAAGAAGUUCAUCAAAUUCUUCGAAAAGUAAAGAAAGAAGAGACCUUGCAACAAGUAAAGAUGAUAUAAACAAUUGUUCAAUCUGCCAAUAUGCAUUAGUUGAUUCGGAUGUAAUACAGUUACGCCCUUGUAGACAUAAUUUUCACAAGGAUUGCAUUAAUGAAUUAACAAAAUUUGAUCCUGGGGCCGUUUGCCCUAAUUGCAGAAGAAAAUUUAGACCCGCGAUGUAAAAAUACGCAUCAUAUAUGUACUGUUUGAAUCAUUUUCUACGGUUAUUUACAAAUAUUAAUGAAUAUAUGGUUGUUUAACAAUUUUAUCACAGUUGAAGUAUUUUUGUGAUAUGUUCAAAGCAAUGUGAAAU